AUGGCUCACUUCAUAACGUCUAACUCACUAGCUUACACUAACGAAGCCUCGUACGCGUCACUCCAGCAUAGCUCGCAACCGGCGCCUGACGCGCGUUUUUCUCAUCCCAACGUGGGUUCGUCGCGCCCCACGUCCGCCCCACUCUCGUCCUCGUCUUUGCCGUUUCAAAACCAAUCGUUCUUUCCGCCGCGGCCGCCGUUUCCUCAGAACUCGCAAUAUCCGCUGUCGGCCGCGCAGCCAGCGGGCACGCCGCCUAUGCACCCCUCCUCGUUGCCUCUGCACGCUCCAGCUGCUAACGCCGUGAAUUCUGGCCCUCGAAACACCGCCGCUCUUGCCCGUAAUGGAAACCACAUGCCGUCUGCUCACGGCGGGCAAUUCGGUGCUCCUGACGGGCAGGCUGCUUUUAACGGUCAAGUGGGUCUUUCGGCGCCGAACACUGCGUUCAACCGUCAGGUCGUCGGAGUGUCAGGUCCAUCGGCAAUCCAUCCGAUUCGGCCGCGGCAGAGCCAGGCGAACGUGAACCAAUCAGGCGCAACCGCUCCCUUCUCACAAGCCUCCGCCGCCGCCUGCUUGCCCGCUCCGUCCAUUCCUUCAACUCCUUCCGCUCAUUCCGCCCGUUCCGCGCCUUCGCCUCCUUCCGCGCCUUCCGCGGGUUCUCAAUUCCACCUUGCUUCCUCGACGGCUAACGCGGUGGGCGGUCCCUCCGCCGUUGCCGCCGCGCCCGCCGUCCACUCCCGCCCUGCAGCCGCGUCACCCGCCGCUCCACCGCAGAGGUUGAACGGCGUGGGGUCUCGCAUGAUUGGGGUACCGUCACCUCCUGCUUCCGCGUCGGCUGCUGCGUAUGCUCCAAAUCCUGUGCCUGUUUCCGCGCUUUCGUCUUUUGAUCCGGAAUCGCAGACGCGCGUGCUUAGUCUGCUUAUGCAGGAGGCAGAGAGGAACAAUGCGGGUGUUUUCUCACACGGUUCGCCAAGUGGCAGCAUGCCUGCUACAGCUGCUGCAGCUGCUACAGCUGCCACAGCUGCUUCGUGCAGUGCUCUCCUCGCCGCCAUGCCGUCAGGUCCAGCUACUGCCUCACUCUCCUCUCCCCUUGCCGCCCGCGCUGCUCCCCCUGCUUCCGCCCUCCGCCCGCCUUCCGUCCGCGCGCCUGGCUCCUUCUCCCAACCACCUGCCUGGGCGCCUUCCGCCAACCCGACUGCCGAGGUAGCAGUCAUACCCGCGGCGAGUGCAGCGGGCGCACCGGGCCCGCGCAUAACCCUGUGCGACGCUGACGCGACACUCUUCCGCGACUCUCGCCUCCCCAAUCUUUCCGCCGCUUCCUCUGCGCCUGCCGUCACCUCAUCUCUCACCUCUUCCCCUCCCGCACCCACUUACCCACCUGCACCCACUCCCCCCGCACCCACUCUCCCCGCAUCCGCUCCUUCCCCAAGCCCCGCUUCUAGCGCAGCCUUCGCAUCGGUUCCAGCUCACUCGCCUCCCCCCGUUCCCACCCCCUCCGCCCCUACCCUCUCCGCUCCUACCCCCAGCGCUCCUACUCCCCUUGCUCCUACUCUCGCCGCUCCUACCUCCCCGGCCCCUAAUCCUUUCGCCCCCGCUCCUACUCUUGCUGCUCCUAAUCCCCCUGCUCCCAUUCGCACCGUUCCUAGUGCCCCCGCUCCUACUCCCACUGCUCCUACCUCCCCUGCUCCUACCUCCCCUGCUCCUACCUCCCCUGCUCCUAACCCCGCCCUUACUACCCCCCCCGCUUCUACCUUCCCCACCACCGAGUCUUCCCCAGUAAUCCCUCCUUCUGCCACACCUCCCCUUCCCCCCGCUCCUCCCGCCCCGCCUGUCCCACGCGGCACCGCGCGCGCUGCCAACGCCUCCGCCAACGCGCGCUCCUCUGGGGCAAACCCGCGCCCUCCCGCGUCCACCCGCCGCCCUCCCGUCGCUGGCGGGCGCAAGCGCGCACAGCCGCCAUCCAACGACGCGGCAGGGUCGUUAGCCAAUCAGAGAGCAGCAAGUCUACCGUCGCGUGGCGCUAUGAUGGCGCUGGCGGCGGCAGCAGGAGGGGAUGCUGAAGCGGACAUGAGGGAAGUGUACUUCCUCAUUCUGCACUUUUUGACGGGCAGCCCUUGCCGUCGGGCAGCAGAAGUUUUGAAAGAGGAGCUGGAGGAGUUGAAUCUGCUUCCGCAGCGGUACCAUGCGGUGUACUCCCAUGGGGGAAGGCGGACAGGCGCAAACAGCGCAAGCGAAAGGCGGCCGGGUGGUAGAGGCAACGAGCGUGGCAGCGAGGGGAGUGCACAUGGGGAGGCAGGGGCGGUGGGCGCACAAGUGAAGGGUGGGGAGGGUGGGAGGAGGGGAGGGGGUGCGGAGAGGGAGUCGGAGAUGACUGUACCCAUGAACUACGAGGAGCUCAGGGAGAGGUAUUCGCACAUUGCCCCCAACCACCUCUUCCUGCUGCUGCAGGAGCUGCUGCAGUCGUCCCAUCUCGCCGUCUCCUCCGCCUCCCUCCUCCCCUCCGCGCCUCUCUCCUCCGCCUCCCUCCUCCCCUCCGCGCCUCUCUCCUCCGCCUCCCUCCUCCCCUCCGCGCCUCUCUCCUCCGCCCCGCCCCACCCGCCACCAUCAGCAGCACCAGCCCUCCCUCCUGCCCCGCUUGCUGCAGCAGCUGUUGCACCCACCGUCUCUGCUCCUCCCUCUGCCCCCCCACUUCAAAUCACCGCCGCCCCCCUUUCCGCCUCCGCCUCCGCCACUGCACUAGAGGAGGCUUUGCCAGGUGCCGCAGCCCCAGCCGCCGCUGCAGCUGUGGAUGUGAGCGCCGGCCGUGGCUUGGAGGCAGGGCGGCAGGUAGGUGGCACAGAGGCAGCAGAAGAGAGAUCAGUAGCCACGCAUGCCUUCUCUCCCUCCCUCCCUCCCUCCCUCCCUCCCUCCCUCCCUCCCUCCCUCCCUCCCUCCCUCCCUCCCUCCCUCACAUCCUCACUGCUGCACUUCCUCUCUGGCUUUCCCCACGCCCCGCCCCACCCUGCUCCCUUCAUCGCUUCCACUUCCACCCCUGCUUGCUUUAUCGCCCUUCCCGCCCCUAUCCGCCUCCCAACAACAGCGGAGUGGCUGCCAGCGCUCCUCUCUCCUCCGCGCACCUUUCUGCCCCACACGGCCCAUCCGCACCUCUCAGCACCGCUCCUGCGCUCCCUCACGCUCAGAGAAACGGGCGGAGGGGUCUGCUCGCGGGCUGCCAGGUCUGCCAAUGCACGGUACGUUCCAUGCACGGUACCCUCCACGUGGGCCUUGCCACUGCACCUCUCACCCCACCGCGACAACCGUUUGCCCCGCUCUGUCCGCCCGUUGUGUCAUCUUACCACCCGCUCGCCCAUCCCUCCAUCAUUCCCCUAUUCCCUCCGUCUCCCCCGCCCCUAUGGUGAGAGCAGGGUGGCGUCGCUGGCAGUGGCGUCCCCCGCGCUGCUGCUGAGCCGCAUGGAGCAGGUCAAGGUGCUGCGCGGCCACCGCAACGCCGUCUACUGCGGUAACUGCCCUCUCCCCCCCCUCUCUCGCCCUAACUGUGCUCACUGCCCCCCUGGCCUGCUUGCUCUCACUGCCCUGCUUGCACACUCGCACCUCACGCUGCUGGCACUCGUUGCUCCCGACCUAACUGCACGCACACACACCACCCAUUCCUCUCAACACCCGCCUCCUUCUUUCCACUUCCCCGCGCUGGCUGUGUAUCCGUCUUUUGAGACACGUCUAUCCGUCAAAAGUGGCUGUGUAUCCGUCUCCGUUCCUCGAGCAGCGGUGUACGACCACGGGGGGCGGUACCUGAUAACUGGGUCGGACGACCGGCUGGUGAAGAUCUGGAGCAUGCACCAUGGCAUCUGCCUCGCCACCUGCCGCGCCCACACCGUAAUCCCCGCCCCCCCUUUUGUGCCACACGGCAAGUCCCCCCCUCCAUGUGCGCAUAACGUUUCCCCUCGCCCUCUGCAUGUGUGCACCUCGCCCUCUGCAUGUGUGCACCUCGCCCUCUGCAUGUGUGCACCUCGCCCUCUGCAUGGCGACAUCACGGAUCUAGCAGUCAGUCGGGGCGACAAGUGGGUGGCAUCAGCCUCCAACGACUGCCUCAUCCGCGUGUGGGAGCUACCGAGUGGGCAUCUGGAGGUGACGCUAGUGGGCCAUGCAGACGCCGUCACCGCUGUCGCAUUCAGCCCCACCACUCACCACCACCUCCUCUCGUACGCCACCCCUCUCAACGUCCUGCCAGCCACAAUUCCUGCCCCUCUCCUAUGCACCCGUCCACACCUCCAUCUCCCAUCCGUCCAUACCUUGGCAUCGGAGGAUGGCUCAUGCCGCCUGUGGGACGUCACAGCAGCAGCGGACAGCACCUGCCUGCGCCUCUUCCUGCCCGCCUCCCACGGUACUUCCACCUCUCUGCUCCCCACCUCUGCUCCCCACCUCUGCUCCCACCUCUGCUCCCACCUCUGCUCCUUCACUCUACUCCUGCUCUCUGCUGGCACCCUCUGCUCUCACUGCUUGACGUUUCCAUCUCGCAAGUCCACGGCCGGUCCCCACUGCCUCAUGCCACUUGUUCCAUCUCAUGCCACCUUGUUCCAUCUCAUGCCACCUUUCUACGGCCAGUCCCACCCCACUGCCUCAUGCCACCCCACUGCCUCAUGCCACCCCACUGCCUCAUGCCACCCCACUGCCUCAUGCCACCCCACUGCCUCAUGCCACCCCACUGCCUCAUGCCACCCCACUGCCUCAUGCCACCCCACUGCCUCAUGCCACCCCACUGCCUCAUGCCACCCCACUGCCUCAUGCCACCCCACUGCCUCAUGCCACCCCACUGCCUCAUGCCACCCCACUGCCUCAUGCCACCCCACUGCCUCAUGCCACCCCACUGCCUCAUGCCACCCCACUGCCUCAUGCCACCCCACUGCCUCAUGCCACCCCACUGCCUCAUGCCACCCCACUGCCUCAUGCCACCCCACUGCCUCAUGCCACCCCACUGCCUCAUGCCACCCCACUGCCUCAUGCCACCCCACUGCCUCAUGCCACCCCACUGCCUCAUGCCACCCCACUGCCUCAUGCCACCCCACUGCCUCAUGCCACCCCACUGCCUCAUGCCACCCCACUGCCUCAUGCCACCCCAUUUCAUCUCACAUCCACUUGCUCCUCUGCACUCGCUUCCAUAACUCAACCGUCUCUUCCCUCCUCUCCCUUCCCCUCCCUUCUCCUCCCCUCCCCUCUGCUCCCGUCCCUUCCCCUCCCCUCCCCUCCCUUCUCCUCCCCUCCCUCCCCUCCCUCCCCUCCCUCCCCUCUCUCCCCUCCCUCCCCUCCCCUCCCCUGGCCCAUGGCCCAACAGCAACCAAGAGCCCGUUCCCGCCAGGGACAUUUCUGAGCCGCAUGCAGCAGGGGGGCAGCGAGCUGACUCCUGAGGAGCGGGCCAAGAUGUUGCCCCCCAAAGUGCUGUGCGCUGCCUUCAACGCCGAUGGCUCUCUCUUUGUCACGGGCAGCGAGGAUGGGCGCACAAGGGUGUGGGAUGCGCGCCUCCCUGCCCUCGCACCCAAGGAGCCCUCCCAGCAGCAGCAGCAACAACAACAGCAGGAGCAACCACAACAGGUGCAACAGCAACAAGAACAGCAGCCACAGCAGCAGGAGCAGCAGCAGCAGCAGGGGCUGUGGGCGGCGGGGGUGGGUGCGGGGGGCCGGGAGAGAGUGGGGGUGCAGCACGAGGUGCAGGAGCUGCUAGGGCACCAGGGGUCAGUCAACUUCGUGCAGUUCAGUGGGUGUGCGGGGGUGCAGCAGGAGGUGACGUCUGGUGGGGACGAGGAGGGGAGGGGUGUGGGGGAGAAGGGGAAGGGAAGUGAGGAGGGGGGAAAGCGAAAGGAGAAGGACAAGGACAGGCGACUGACAUCCCUCAACACGGCCAACUGGGGGGGAGUGGAGGCGAUAGUCUCGUGUGCGCGGGACGGUUCGGCCUUCAUCUGGCGCCCGCGGGCGCGCCGCGUGCAUGGCAAGCACCAGCACUGGAACAAGGCGCAGCAGCUCACGGCCCCCCCGCGCCCCUUGCCUGUGCCCGCGGGGGCUGCAGCAGGGCAGGGCGCAGGGGGCAGCGGGAGGGCAGGGGCGAGGGCGAGGGCGAGGGAUGCGGCAGGGGCGGCGGCGAAUAUGAUCAUCUGGUCGCUCGACUGCCAGUUGGUGCUGGCUGCCAUCACAGGUGCGCAACCAUCCCAGGUGCGCAACCAUCACAGGUGCGCAACCAUCCCAGGUGCGCAACCAUCCCAGGUGCGCAACCAUCACAGGUGCGCAACCAUCACAGGUGCGCAACCAUCCCAGGUGCGCAACCAUCCCAGGUGCGCAACCAUCACAGGUGCGCAACCAUCACAGGUGCGCAACCAUCCCAGGUGCGCAACCAUCACAGGUGCGCAACCAUCACAGGUGCGCAACCAUCACAGGUGCGCAACCAUCCCAGGUGCGCAACCAUCCCAGGUGCGCAACCAUCCCAGAGUCUCACCCUCUUCCUCUGCUCAUAUCUCUGCCUGUGUGUCUGUGCGUCUGUGCCGCUCUCAUCCCCCCGCAUGCAUGGCAGAUGCGCGCAUCUGUGUGUGGCAGGCAAGCACAGGCGAGCUCAUACACUGCCUCACCGCACACCAGGAGCAGGCGUUUGUGUUGGACGUGCAUCCCACGGACCCACGCAUUGCCAUGAGCGCGGGGUACGAUGGCCGGGUUAUCGUGUGGGACAUCUGGAAGGGACAGCCAAUCGCCAUCCGCCACGUCACCAACUUCCAGCUCGUCGACGGGCACUUCUCUCCGGACGGCACGGGGCUGGUGGUGGCGGACGAGGUGGGGCAGGUGUAUGUGUUUGCCACGGGGGGCAAGGACCAAUGGGCGCUCAUCCACAUGGACCAGUUCUUCCUGGGAGACUACCGCCGCUUCGCCCUCGACUCCUUCCACAACGCCCUCGAUGAGGAGACGAACGUGCUAACGGAGGAGCGCACGUGGAUGGAUCCGAUAUGCGAUGCGGGCAUGCAGCCGUACCCCGACCCGUACCAGGCGCGCUUCCACGCGCUGCGCUUUGCCCUGCUCGCGCGCCCCUACCACCCGCCCUCCGUCCCGCUCCGGGUGGGGCGCAUAGAGGCCGACGACCUGGCCUUCCAGCCCGUCCCCAACGAGGCCCUCGGCGCCCCCGGCUCCGCCCCCCUGCCCCUCCUGCCCCUACCUGCUGCUGCUGGCGGUGGCGGGCGCGGGGGAGGUGGGCGGAGGGAGGGCGUGAGGAGGGAGGAUGGAAGGGGGAGGAGGGAAGAGGAUGGGGAGGUUCAGGUGGUGAGUGGGGGCGAGGAGGGGGAGGAGGGGAGGGUGGGAGGGGGAGAAGGGGGUGGUGCAAACGGGGGCGAUGGAGGGAGGUGGAGAGGGGAGGUGAGGCGGCGGGAAAGUCAGCGUUGGGAGCUGAGGGAGAGGCUGCCUGUGAGGCGGUAUGAGGGAUUUGAAGUGACCAUGGGGGGGGAAGAGGAAAGGGGCGAGGAGGAGAGAGGGGAGGAGGACUCAGAGUAUGAAGUGAGUGGAGGAGAGGAGAGGCGCGGAGGGAGUGAGGAGGAGCAGGAAGCGGAGACGGAGGAGGACGAGGGUGGGCAGGGUGAGGGAGAGGGAGAGGGAGAGGGGGAGGAUGGGCAGGGGACGAGGCGGUCGCGGAGGCUUCUUGGGAAGAGGCGGCGGCGAUGGGGGAGAGGAGGGGAGGGCGAGGGGGACGAGGAGGAGGGGGUUGAGGUGGUGGGGGAGCAGCGGGGGCGGCGAGAGAGGCGGAUGAUUACAAGGAGUGGGCGCGACAAGGGGAGCGGACGGGGGAAGGGGAAGCGGGACGUACAGGGGCGGGGGAUGAGGAAUGGGAGGGGGGUGAGGGGCAGGGCACGCAAGGUGGCGAGGGGAGGUGGAGGGGGGGGGGGCAGAGGGAGAGGGCGGGUGAAGCGUGCAGGGAAGGAGGUGGAAGGGGAAGAAGAGGAGUGGGAUGUAGAACCUUGGGCGCAUGAGCGUGGUGGCCGGACGAACAGAUUUGCUGCGGGCGAGGACGAGGAUGACGAUGAAGAGGAGGAGGCGGAGGGAGAAGGGGAAGAAGGGGAAGAUGAGUGGGAAGAGGAUGAGGAAGAGGAGGACGAUGAGGAGGAAGAGGGGGAAGAAGAGGAGGAAGGUGAGGAGGAAGGGGAUGAGGAGGAGGAGUAUGAGGAUGAGGAGGACGUGGAGCAGUACAAGCGAGUGGGGCACGCCUCUAGAAGCCUGGCCACCGCGCCUUAUGCCCACCAGUGGCCGCAUGGCUCGCAGGCAGGGGGAGGGCAUGGUGGGGGGGAAGGCAGUGGGCAUGGGAGGGGGCAGCAGGGCGCGUUGGCAGUGAGGGGCGGGCAGAGCGCCAUUACUCCUGUGGGGGGGAACGGGCUCAAACUCAAAAUUAACCUCAGAAAACCCUCUGCUGCUGCUGCUGCCACUGCUGCUGCUGCUGAUGCUGCUGCUGGUGCCGAUGCUGGUGCUGGUGCUGGUGGUGCUGGCGCGUCUGCAGCGUGUGGGGGUGGGGGCGGCAGCGGGGGUGGCAGUGCGGGCAGCUCCUGUGCAGCGCCGCGCGGAGUGACCAAGUUGCAGAUUAAGCAGCGCAUGGAGGCCCAACGCACCCAGGCCGCACAGGCCCUGCAGCAGCACUCUCUUCCCCAGGCACAAGAGGGAGGGAAGGCGAAGGAGGAAAAUGAGGAGCAGGAGGAGUUGGAGGAGGAUGAUGAGGGGGAUGAGGAGGUGGAGGAGGUGGAGGAGGAGGAGGAAGUGAUGGAGGAGAUUGGAUCAGAGGAGGAGGGAGAGGAAGAGGUGGUAGCUGAGAUCAGACCUGCCCAAAUAAGACCUGCCCAACUGAGACCUGCUGGGAUGGGCGUGGGUGCAGCACGAGGUGAUGCUGCCUUUGAUCGCUCUGCUCCGGCAGGUGGUGCGGAGGAGAUUUGGGAGGAUGAGGAGGAGGAAGAGGAAGAGGAAGAGGAAGAGGAAGAGGAAGAAGAAGAGGAGGAAGAAGAGGAGGAAGAUGAGGAGGAGGAGGAAGAUGAAGAAGAGGAGGAAGAUGAGGAGGAGGAGGAUCGGGGCGAUUGGGAGGUAGAGCCCAACUGGGGAAAGACCAAGACGCGCAGGCGCACCGCAGGGGCAGGGGCCCUCCCCGCUGGGAGGGGGGAGGUGCGGGGGGGAGGGGGGGGCGCAAGGCAGUCAGUGCGGGUGGUGGCAGGCAGGGGGGGCGGGGGAAGGGGAAGGGGAAGGGGCAGGGGCAGGGGCAGGGGGAGAGGUAGAGGCAGGGGGAGAGGAGCCGGGAGUGCAUCUGGAAGGGCGGGGCAAGGGAGGGGCGCGGGCAGCAGAGGAAGAGGCAGCAAGGCGCGAGUUGCAGGAUCAGGUGGGGAUGGGGGCAGGGCGCGGGUGGGGUCAGGGAGGUCAUGGGGAGGUGUGGGGGAGAGGGGGAGGCGCGCUUUGGGUGAGGCGAGCGGGGAGGGGCUGACAGGGGAUGGGGAGGGCAGUGAGGACGAAGAUGCAGAGGGGAUGGGCGGGGAUGAGAGUGAGGGAGAGGGGCAUGCAAGUGGGGAAAGGGGGGGAAGGGAGGGGGGCGAGGGUGGUGACGUGGUGAAGGGAGGACACGUGUUGAGGGCUAGGACACCACGGGGGAAGGGGAGGGGGGGAGAGAAGGGAGUGGCGAGGAAGAGAAAUGAGGGACUUGAGAGUGGGGAGGGGCAAGAGAGUGAGGAGGGGCAAGAGAGUGGGGAGGGGCAAGAGAGUGAGGAGGGGCAAGAGAGUGGGGAGGGGCAAGCGAGUGAGGAGGAGCAAGAGAGUGGGGAGGGGCAAGAGAAUGAGGAGGAGCAAGAGCGAGCAGGGGGUGAGCGAGGGCACAUGUCGAAUUGGGUCGUGCAGAGUGCAUCACUGGGUACUGACGAACGUGCAGCCGUGCGUGGGGUGGGCGCUGUGUGGGCUGUGCAGAUGACGACGACGCCUGGCGCCCCUCCAAGCGCGCUCGCUGCUGACCCCGCUCCCAACACCGCCCCUGGCACUGCCGCUGCUGACCAUCUAACUGCUGCUGGCGCUGGUGCAGGUGGCGGUGCGGCAGCAGAAGCAGCGCACGGGGGCCUGCCAGUGAUGGUACCGGCUGGCACGAGGAGGAAGAGGAACGCGCGGGGGACAGCAGUGCAACGCACAGGCCGCACAGACAGUCUGGGAGGAGGGGGCGUGCAGGAGGCUGCGGGCGGCGGUGGGGCGGGUGUGUGUGCUCUCGCGCUGCUUCUUCCCCGCACAGCAGCGCCGGCUGCUGUUGCGUGUGAGGCUGGUGGUGCAGACAUGGGUGGUGCAGGGAGCGGGGCCAGCGGGGCCAGUGAGGGCGAACACGCUGCAGGACGGCAGGAUGGUGGACGGGCGGAUGACGGGGUAGAUGGAGGGGCAGGUGAAGGGACAGGUGAAGGAGCAGGUAGUCAUGUUGAGUGCCAGACAGAGAUUGGCGAGGAGAAGGGAGCGACUGGCGAGGAGGAAGGGAAGGGUGAGGAUGUGAGGAGAGAGGGGGAGGGCGAGGGCGCAGAGGAGGACGCGAGAGAGGCAGGUGCUGGUGUGGCAGCGGGUGAGGGGGGCAGUAAGAUAGAGGAGGGACGUCAUUUUGAGGCAGAGGGGAGUGGAGGGAAGGAUGGGAAAGAUGGGAGGGAUGGGAGGGAUGGGAUGAAGCAGGAGGGGCACAAGAGUGAGGACGAGCAGGAUAUGGCGAAUGCCACUGCUGGUGCUGCUGGUGCCGCUGGUGGUGCUUCUUGUGCCGAGACUGCUGCUGAUGCUGCUGGCGCGGAUGGUGGUGCGAUGGAGGGCUGUGCAGCAGCAGAGGGUGCAGAAGGUUGGUUGCUGCAGGGUGUUCUGGGGGCGGAGAGCAGGGCGGGCAGUGAGGGCGCAGGGGGUGCGGGGGACGGAGGGGAGUGGGGGGAGGAAGGGGGGGAGAUGAGUGCGCGCAAGGAGGAGCUGUUCGUUGAGCUGUUUGGGGAGGAGGGCGCGGACGAGGGCGCAGGGCUGCCUGGGGACGACCUGCUCAGCCCGCUUGGUGCUGGGGCGGGGGGCACGGACGAGGGCGGUGGGGGGGAGGCUGGCAGAGACGAGGGCGGUAGGGAGGAUGGCGGAGGGGAGGUGGGCGUCAAGGAGGAGGGAGACGGAGGCAAUACUAGCGAGAGGAAUGGGUGUGAUGGAGGGAAUGCGAAUGGGGAGCCAGGGUGUGAGAGGGAGAGCGGUGGCGGGCAAGCAGGGAGCGAUGGUGGCAUGAAGGCGCUAUGCAGUGAAUGGGGCAGCAGUGAGGGGCAGCACGCAUGCACAAUUGGUGCGCCUGCUGAUGCCCCGGCUCCUGCCAGGGCUGGCGAUGCAGCUGAAGCUAGGGAGCUGGCUGGGGAAGAGGGUGGGAGGAGUGCAGAGAGGGGUGUUGCGAUGGAGGAAGGGCAGGGCCGGGAGGACGUGGAGGGGAACGCGGGGGGCGAGCAGAGAGAGAGGGGCGCAAGUGGUGGCGUGGAUGGUGGUGGCGGGCACAGUGAAGGGGAGAGAAGCGGAUGUGGUGCUGCUGAUGGCGACGAGGCUUGUGGAGGGGGAGGAAGGGGGAAGGGGGAAGCAGAGCAGGAGGUCGAGAGGGGGAAGGGGCAGGAGAGGGAUGGUCUGGGCGAGGAUGGUGGGGCGAGUGGGGAGUGUGAGAGGGUGGGAGAUGGUGGAGCGACGGGUGCAGAUGGGGGUGAGCGAGCGGCGAAUGAUGAGGCGGAUAUAGGGGGUGGGGUGAAGGAGGAGGGGUGUGAGGGGAACGAUGCGCUCAGAAUAGAGCAAGGGGAGAGGAUGGGCGGGAAGAGAAAGGUGAGGAGGCGAUUGGAGCAUGGCAAGAGAGAUGCAGGGGAGGGUGCGGAUGGGGAGAGUGCAGGGGAGAAUGGGAAUGGGAUUGAGAGCAAGGCGACAGAGAAGGAGAUUGCAGAGAAGAAAGGAUGCAGCGGUGAGGGUGAGGAGGCAGAGGAGUCGGAGCAUGAUACAAGCAAUGAUGCUGAGGAGGAGGAGGAGGGGGAUGAGGAGGAGGAGGAUGAGGAGGAGGGGGCAAAGAGUGUAGAGGAGGCGGAAGCGGCCGAGGAGGAAGAAGGGGAGGAGGAGGAGAGUGAGUCAUAUGGUGAGUCAAGUGAGGGUGAUGGGAGUGAUGAAAGUGAGGGGAGUGAUGCGGGUGGUGAGAGUGAUAGGAGUGAUGAGAGUGAUGGGAGUGAUGAGAGUGACGCAAGUGAGGGGAGUGAAGCGAGUGAGGGGAGUGAGGACAUGGGCGGCCAGAGGAAGAGGAAGAGGGCAGCUUCUCGGCAAACCAGGACCACUUGCCGCCGCCGGGGCAAGCGGGCCACACGCACACAGACAGCAGGGCGGCAGCAGCGGGGCAGGCGGAGCACCGCACAGCACCGCACCCCACCCUCUCGCCGCACUGCUCCCACCCCACCUCCCCCACACAACACAGCGAGCCCGCGCCUGCGCCCGCGCCUCCCCACCUCACCUGCUGCCACACCUACAGGCUCCGGCGCUCGCAGCUCCCCCCUGGCUCUCUCCUCCAGGAGCCCCCGCCUCGCUGCCAUCACCCCGCGCGCUUCCCCCCGACUCACCGCCCUGGCACCCUCUCCCGGGACAGGGGGGGCCGAGGCGAGAGGAGGUCGCGAUGGAGAGAGGAGCGAGGGGGGUGGCAGGGCAGUGGGGCGGGUGCGAGCGGGUGCGGGGUGGGUGGGGGGGACGGAGUGGAGGGAGGGCGACCCUUACCUGCCCCAGGUGGGUGAUGACGUCAUCUACUGCUUCCAGGGCCACCUCAGCUUCCUGGAAAGUGCUGGGCGCAGCCGCAGCCGGGGCCUGGACGAGAAGCUUCGGAGGAAGCUGCGGCCGGCGGAGCCGUGUGUGGUGGAGGAGGUGGGGUACUACUGGGUGGAGAGCGGUGGUGGGGGGGCAGGGCAGGGGCGGCGAGGGGGAGGCAGGGGGGCGGGGGAGGCGCGGCGAGUGGGGUGCAGAGCGGUGCUGCUGGUGGUGGAGAGUGAGAGCCCUGCGUUUGGGGAGCGGGUGGGGGUGGAGGUGGAGGAGGAGGGCGAGGAGUAUGUGGUGGAGCGCUGGCGCUAUGAUGCUGCCCUCGCCAAGGGCUGGCACCCCAAGCAGCACUGCCUGGCGUAUUGGAGCCGGGAGUCACUACCACCAGGCCUCAAGCCACCACCCCUGCCGGAGUCAUCAUCGGGCAGGGCAAUGGCAGAGCACCCACGCGCAGUGCUGUUCCGCGGCCGCAUCCAGUCCGAUGGCCCCUUUGACCCCGCCCUGCCCCUCAGCCCCUGGCGCAGGCUACGGGUGUACUACGCGCACGACCGCAGUGUGGAGAGGCAGAGCGCGUGGGAGCUGCUCCACCCCGACCCCGCGCUCUGGCCCACCCGCCCCGCGUUGCCUGCUCACCUGCUCAGCGCCGCCAGGGAGGCACUGCGCGCGGUGGAGCAGGACGAGGACGUGCACGGCUCCCUGCACCUCCUCUACUCGCCCGACUCCUCUCCUGCUGCCCUCUCCUCCAUCCCAGUGCUAAUGAGUGUGGCACUGGUACAAGCGCGCAUGGCAUCAGGCUGGUACCGCUCACUCGACUCCCUGCUGCACGACACCAACCUCAUCGCCUCCAAUGCCCUCUCCCUGCACGGCACCUCCCACCCCAUCGCUGCCGCUGCCGCCCACUUCUCCACACAGUUUGCCGCCCGCCUUAAGGCCCUCACUAGUGGAAGCAGGGCGUGA